AUGGCCACUCCUCACAGAACCGCAGGCGGAAACGCUGCCUUCCACAACUUCCAUAAUGACUUCGCUCACAUCGAGGAUCCCAACGAGCGCCGCAGACUCGCUCUUGCUGAAAUCGACAAGGCUCCUUUCGGCUGGUACCACGUUCGCGCCGUCAUCGUCGCUGGUAUUGGUUUCUUCACUGAUGCUUACGACAUUUUCGCCAUUGGUCUCGUCACCAACAUGUUGGGUGUUGUCUACUGGCAAGACGCCCCCGGCAAGCUUGCCGGAAAGAUCCCUCAGUCUUCCGACACUGCCAUCAAGGUUGCUACCUCCGGUGGUACCGUUAUCGGUCAGGUCGGUUUCGGUUGGCUCGCUGAUGUCGUUGGCCGCAAGAAGAUGUACGGUCUCGAACUCAUGAUUAUUAUCUUCGCAACUCUCGCUCAAGCUCUCUCUUCGGACUCUCCCGCUAUCUCCAUCGUCGGCAUCAUCAUCUUCUGGCGUGUCCUCAUGGGCAUCGGUAUUGGUGGUGACUACCCUCUCUCCUCAAUCAUUACUUCUGAAUUCGCUACCACCAAGUGGCGCGGUGCCAUGAUGGGCUCCGUCUUCGCCAUGCAGGGUAUCGGCCAAUUGGCUGCCGGUCUCAUUGCCCUCAUUGUCACUGCUGGCUUCAAGGAGUCGCUCCAGAGCGGAAAGAACGCCGCCGCCUGUGACGGUGUCUGCCAGCUUGCUGUCGACAAGAUGUGGCGUGUCAUUAUCGGUUUCGGUGCCGUCCCCGGAUGUAUCGCCCUCUACUACCGUCUUACCAUCCCUGAGACUCCUCGUUACACUUUCGACGUCUCCCGCGACGUUGUCAAGGCCGACACCGAUGCUAAGGCCUACCUCAACGGCAAGUCCCACGGCAGCCCCGAUGAGAUCACCCGCGUCCAGACUCGUGAGGCUACCGCUGGCCAGCUUGAGAUCCCCAAGGCUUCUUGGGCUGACUUCUGCCGCCACUACGGUCAGUGGAAGAACAUGAAGAUUCUGAUUGGUACCGCUGGUUCCUGGUUCUUCCUCGAUGUUGCUUUCUACGGUGUUUCGCUCAACAGCUCUGUCAUUCUCGCUGCCAUUGGCUACACCGGUGGUAACAACAUGUACGAGAUCUUCCACAAGAAUGCUGUCGGUAACUUGAUCAUCGUCUGCGCUGGUGCCAUCCCUGGUUACUGGGUCACAGUCGCCCUUGUUGACACCGUCGGCCGUAAGCCCAUCCAGCUUAUGGGUUUCACUCUCCUCACCAUCUUCUUCUGUAUCUUUGGUUUCGGUUACCACGUCAUCGGCACCAGCGGCAAGCUCGGUCUCUACAUUCUCUGCCAGUUCUUCUUCAACUUCGGCCCCAACGCUACCACUUUCAUUGUUCCCGGAGAAUGCUUCCCUACUCGCUACCGUUCUACUUCUCACGGUCUCUCCGCCGCUUCCGGCAAGGUCGGUGCCAUCAUUGCCCAGGUUGUCAUCGGUCCUCUCCGUGUUCGUGGUAACGUCACAACUGCCAACCCCUCCCCUUGGCUCAACCACGUCCUCCAAAUCUUCGCACUCUUCAUGUUCCUCGGUAUCUUCACUUCUCUCCUCAUCCCCGAGACCAAGCGCAAGACCCUCGAGCAGCUUGCCGGCGAGGUCCCCGGAACUCCUGAGUACGACGAGACCACCCACGGUGCCGCUCACACCAAGACUUCUGAGGACUACUCCGAGUCCAACACUGCAGAGAAGUCUGCAGUCUAG